AUGGAGCUCAGUGAGGAUAAGAUACACGGGGUCGAUUUGAUCAAAGAAAGUGAACAGAAAGUACAAAUGAUUCGUGAUAGUAUGAAAGCAACAUCGGAUCGUCAGAAAUCGUAUGCAGACAUGAAACAGAAAGAUAUUGAGUAUCAGAUCGGGGAUAAAGUGUUUUUAAAAGUAUCGUCGUGGAAGAAAAUACUCCGAUUCGGUUGUACAGGCAAAUUGAGUCCGAGAUUUAUCGAACCGUAUGAGAUCAUUGAACGUAUCAAGCCAGAUGCUUACAGAUUGUUGUUACCACCUGAGUUAGAAAAGAUUCAUAACGUAUUUCACGUAUCAAUGCUUCGACGAUACAAAUCUGAUCCCUCGCAUGUGAUUUCCCCAUCUGAGAUUGAGAUUCAGUCUGAUAUGACAUACGAAGAACCAAUUCGAGUUUUAGAUCGCGAGAUUAAAGAACUGAGAAAUAAGAAAAUUUCGUUAGCAAAAGUACAGUGGCAUCGACACGGUGUUGAAGAGGCUACAUGGGAACUCAAAGGUGCUAUGAGACAGCAAUAUCCGAAUCUAUUCAAUGGUAAAAUUUUCAAGGAUAAAAAUUCCUAA